UCAGCAAAUAUGCCGCGCAGUUUCAGCAGGUUUCUAUCGAAUCGCUACAACGACGAGCAGAAAACCCUCAACAAACGCCAUGACGCUUUACUUUCGGACAUAUCCAACACUCCCCGAUGCCGGAAGUCGCGUUCUACUCUCUGCCAUAAGGCCAGGGCUAUGACCAAAUUGGAAUCCAAUUUUAACAAAAGAUUCACCUUUCAUUACGGCAAGAGACAGCCCAGCAGUGAUUGGCGCCAGGGUGACAAUAUACCCAUUGUAGUUCGAAGGAAAAUGGAGGAGCAACUGAACGAACAGCUAAUGGAGAUCCAACCGAUCUCGGAGGACCAAGUGAUUAGUCACACCAUCUGGAGGGUGCAAAUGCCGGAUGAAAUUCCAGUAAGGCCCAAAAUUUACAGCAAUACCAAAGAGAGAAUCAUCACAGCGGUGGCCUUACCCAAAAGGCGUUGUGGUAGAAAACCUAAAAUUAAAAUAAUAGCUCGGCAAACAGACAAGUCUGAUGCAAUAGAGCCACUAAAGGUGGAGGAACCCUUACCUUUGGUAAAGAAAUUAGUGGAACGACGUCAUAUCAAACAGAAGGGCGAACAGUUGACCUGCAGCAACUGCUCCAGGACCUUCAAUCACUCCUGGAUGCUGGUGGCUCACAUGCGCGUCCAUACCGGCGAGCGACCCUUUGUGUGUCCCGAGCAGGAUUGCCAAAAGUCCUUCUCCGAUCGAUCCAAUCUUCGCACACAUCAGCGCUCAAUGCGCCACCAUAAUUGGGAGCAUCAGUGCGGGCAGUGUGGCAAGUAUUUCAAUCAGAUUUUAUAUUUAAAUCGGCAUACAUUAGAGUCCUGUCGCAAAUACCUGAUGAUCGCAAUGCACAGGAAGUCCUGA